AUGCCUCGAAGCUCGUCAAUUCCUAUCACAUCGGACCUUCUCUUGGCCGUUUUGGCCUUCUUCAUCCCACCUUUUCCGGUCUUCGUCAAAAUGGGACUCUCCAUAGAUCUUCUUAUCAAUAUUGUCUUGACUCUCCUCGGUGCCUUUCCAGGAAUCAUUCACGCUUGGUACAUCAUUCUUAAAUACCCAGAUGAUGGUGUCCCUGUAGUCCAGGACUGGAUUUCUCGUCACCAUAUCAUUGCUCAGUCUGAUGCCCAAGGCCCGACUGUUGGAGGAUAUACUCAAAUCUCAGAUGAUCCUGGUGCUCUUGAGUCCGGUGUCAUGCCUGGAGCUUAUUCAAACAACAAUAACACCAACGCUAACAUCAACACCAAUACCAACACCACUCACAACAACUAUGCCCCUGCUCCUUCAAACUAUUCUGGACCUUCUACGUCUUCUUCAAACCCCCCACCUUAUGCUAACCAAGGCACAUUUGUUCCUGGAGAUAAUAAGAUCCAGUACGGCUCACAGCUUUAA